UCACCUGCAGCUCACCUGCACCUGCCUCCCUGCUCGGCAGAGAACCGGACUGACUGUCGGUGGGAAAUGAAAUGAAGCUUUUUCCCUUCAGGCUCGGGUGUCUGCUGGCGUUCUGCUGCCUGGUGUCAGUGACGUGGAUCACGUCGUUCCCCGGGGAUGAAGGUCCAGCAGCGCCGCCGGACCUUCAGAUGCUGUAUGAUCGCCUGGCACUGGCCGAGGAGAUGGGAGUGAAGGUCAACAAAGAUCUAAGCAGCAUCCUGGAGCAGCUGAAGAACUCAUCCAAAGCUGCCAACAACAGCAGGUCUGCAGAAGCAGGAAAUGAGCCUGCAGGUAAUUCCAGCUGGCAGUCAUUCCUCCAGCCCAACAUCUACCUGUACAUGCCACACCUGAAGAGACAUCCAGACAGCCUGGUCCCGAACGUGGUUCUGGGACGAGGACGCCGUGGAGUGUCCAUGGUUCUGGGUGUUCCUACGGUGAAGCGUGAGAAGCAGAGUUACCUGGUCAACACUCUCAGCUCUCUGCUCUUCAGUCUGACCUCCUCACAGCGCUCAGAUCUGCUCAUUGUCGUCUUCGUUGCUGAGACAGACUGGGACUAUGUGAGCAGCAUCGCCGACAGCAUCAGGAAGAAUUUUCCUGAGGAGGUGCAGUCCGGACUGAUGGAGGUCGUCUCUCCUUCGCUGUUUUACUAUCCAGACUUCAGCCGCCUCACAGAGACCUUCGGAGACUCCAAGGACAGAGUCAAAUGGCGGACAAAGCAGAACCUGGACUUCAGCUUCCUGAUGCUCUACGCUCAGGACAGAGGAAACUACUAUGUUCAGUUAGAAGAUGAUGUUGUUGCAAAGGCCGGCUACUACUCCGACAUGAAGACGUUCGCCACCAGGGAGGAGUCCAAGCCGUGGCUCUACCUGGAGUUCUCCCAGCUGGGUUUUAUAGGUAAGAUGUUUCGGACCCGCGACCUCCCAAUGAUCGCCGAGUUCUUCCUGAUGUUCCACAGAGACAAACCCAUCGACUGGCUGCUGGAUCACAUCCUGUGGGUGAAGGUGUGCAACCCUGAGAAGAACCAGAAAGACUGUAAUGAACAGAAGGCGCUGCUCAAACAGAGAUACAAGCCGUCCCUCUUCCAGCAUGUCGGCCUUCACUCCUCUCUGCCUGGAAAACUGCAGAUUCUGAAGGAUAAAGACUUUGGGAAACAGAUUCUGUACCAGGCCCAUCAGAACCCGACUGCAGAUGUGAGCAGCAGCAUGAAGCACUACCAGCAGCACAGUCUGGACCGGCUCUACAGAGGAGAAGACUUCUUCUGGGCUUUAACUCCUGUCCAGGGCGACUACGUCCUCCUCAGCUUCCCAAAACCAAUCCACAUAUCUGGGUACCUGUUUCGCAGUGGGAACACAGAGACCAGCAGAGAUCAGUUCUACAACACAACAGUGGAAGUUCUGCCCAGCAGUGUGUCAGUCAGAGACAAACUAGUCAAGGAUUCGUCUUCUCACUUUAAAGAGUCAGAUAAAGGCUUCGUCAUCGUUGGUGAAUUUGAAAAUGGAGUAGCUGAAGGGGAGGUUGAAGAAGCGCUGCAGCCGGUUUCUGCUGUUCGCCUGGUGGUUCGGUCCGACUCCGACGUCUGGGCUGUUCUCAGUGAGGUUUUCAUUAAAGUUUAAAGGAAGCCACAGUGUCCAGUCCUGAACAAACUGCUCCCCCUGCUGGACAAAGACUGUCUACAGAGACUUUUUCAUGAGGAUCACCUGAAGUGUCUGAAGCAGUGAUGACUGUGAUCUAAGAGGAAGAGGCUCCAGUGGUUUGGAUCCAGACUGAGGUCCCAGUUAAACAUGAACUGACUGCAUUCAUCAACCAGACCGCUGCUAAAACUCAGAGGAGUAACUUAUUGCACCUAUUACAUUAUAUUUUUUUGUAACAAAUAAAGAAAAUAUAUCCAGUA